AUGUGCAUGUCUGGAAAGUAUGCGAGGGCGGCCUGGACCUUGCUUGUUGCUGGCGUUUUCACCAUGGUGGGCUUUCAGUUUGGAACCAUCCACGCUCGAGCGAAAAAUGGGCUGUGGACGUUCUGGGCCGAAGAACACGAUUCUGAACAUGCAAAGGGUUUGGACGAGAGACGGGUGGCCGUGCUGAUCAUCGGGAGUGCUCGGACACUGGUGUGGCCAGCUGUUUGCCAAAAUAUGAAAACCAACCUCGUCGAUGGCCUGCGCCAACGCAGGAAAGGAUCUGUUCAAUGGCACGUGGACGUCUUCCUUUUCAUUUCUUUGACUGAUGCAGGUCCUAAGGGGCGCAACGUGAGCGGUCAGAGGCAUGGUGUCGACGAGCUGAGCCGGUGCAAAGAGAUACUCAAGCCUGUUCAUGUAGAGUUGAUGCCUGAAACCUAUCCGAUGCCAAAGCAUGAAAGCUGCUUGAGCGAAAAGGACAUGCCUCAGUACUCGUACCAAACUUCAUACUGGCACGUGGCAGGUGCGUCAGAAAGAAAGUACUCUCAGUGCAAGCGUGUGGUCGAGGCCUUCACUUAUGUGGAAAAGGUCUACGAGCCCAAAGCCGGCAUACGCUACGACGCCUGGGUCCGCGCGCGAACGGAUUCCGUGUAUCUUGCUCCGGUUCCCCCAAUGGCAGACUUUGAUUUGCGCAAGCUGACCAGUACAAGCUUGGCAAUGGUGGACCACUGGCAUCUGGUGUCCCGAGAUUGCAAAACUACUAUUCCCGUCAACUGCAUUAAGUGCGUCCACAACCAGUUCGAUGAUUGCCCGAGUAGGCCAAAGGUUGUCAGAAGCUUCGCCGUGCAACCUGUGGUGGCCCGGGAAAGAGAUGCAGAAUGGCUCCGAAAAGCGCAGGGUAUUACUCAAUUGGCAGCUCGACCGAAGCCGCAUGAGAAGCAAGGCUACUUGUUCUUGGAGUGCGACAGGUGGAUUGAAGAAUGUGCCAGACAGGUUAACCAAACGAAGGUUGCCAACUACACCGUGAACGGUUCAUGGCAUUCCUGCGACCCGAGCCCUUGCAAGAAGAUGCAGCUGGAAUUUCUCAAAGCGGAACUGCCUACUGUAAGUCGGGUGGCCGUGCUGAUUAUCGGCAGUGCUCGGACACUGGUGUGGCCAGCUGUUUGCCAAAAUAUGAAAACCAACCUCGUCGAUGGCCUGCGGCAGCGCAGGAAAGGAACUGUUCAAUGGCACGUGGAUGUCUUCUUUUUCAUUUCUUUGACUGAUGCAGGUCCUAAGGGACACAAGGUCAGCGGUCAGAGGCAUGGUGUCGACGAGCUGAGGCGUUGCAAAGAGAUUCUCCAGCCGGUUCACGUAGAGUUGAUGCCUGAAACCUAUCCGACGCCAAAGCAGGAAAGCUGCUUAAGCCAGCAAGACAUGCCUAUUUACUGGAACGACACUGCGUACUGGAACGUAGCAGAUGCUUCAGAGAGAAGGUACUCUCAGUGUAGACGCGUAGUCGAAGCCUUCACUUAUGUGGAAAAGGUCUACGAGCCCAAAGCCGGCAUACGCUACGACGCCUGGGUCCGUGCGCGAACGGAUUCCGUGUAUCUUGCGCCUGUGCCCUCGAUGGCCGACUUUGAUUUGCGUCAGCUGACCAGUACAAGUUUGGCAAUAGUGGACCACUGGCAUCUGGUGUCCCGAGAUUGCAAGACUGCCCUUCCGUUCAGCUGCAUCAAGUGUAAACACAGCCAGUUCGAUGAUUGCCCGAGUAGGCCAAAGGUUGUCAGAAGCUUCGAUGUGCAACCUGUGGUGGCCCGGGAAAGAGAUGCCGCCUGGCUCCGAAAAACGCAGGGUAUUACCCAAUUGGAAGCUCGGCCGAAGCCGCAUGAGAAGCAGGGCUACUUGUUCCUGGAGUGCCACAGGUUUAAUCAGGAAUGCGCCAGAUCCGUGAACUUGACGAAAGCUGGCAAGCUGCUGGCGGAUGGAGCAUGGCACUCCUGCGACCCAAGCCCCUGCCGGAAGAUGCAGCUGGAAUUUCUCAAAGCACCCUUGCCUCGGUUGUGA